AUGGUAGUCAGGUUGGCUUCUGUCCUCCCGAGGUUGCUGUCUCCUCAUCAAAGUGGUUUCGUCUCGGGGCGGUCUAUUACUGAUAAUAUUUUGCUUGCCUCUGAGAUGUGCCAUGGUAUUACGCUAGGAAAUCAGGAUAUAGUGCUGAAGCUAGACAUGGCUAAGGCCUAUGACCGGGUAUCCUGGUUUUUUCUUGUCUUUGUGAUGCGUAAGAUGGGCUUUUCUGAAGUCUGUAUUGACUUGGUCUAUCGUGCUGUUUCCAAUGUGUGGUACUCUGUCAUUGUCAAUGGGGUCAAAGAGGGUUUCUUUACCUCGUCCCGUGGAUUGAGGCAAGGAGACCCACUCUCCCCUAGUCUUUUCAUAAUUGCUGCAGAAGUCCUCUCUACGUUCCUCGCCCGAGUCUAUCAGGACGAGGCUGUCCUUAGAUUUUCCCAGCCUCCUGGUACUCCUCAUAUUCAUCACUUAUCCUACGCUGACGAUGUUAUUAUUUUUAGUACUGGGAGACAGGGGGUAAUCUGCAAAGUCAUUCGUGCUUUAAAAGAUUACGAAGGGAUUUCUGGCCAAAUGGUCAGUUUUCCUAAGAGUGCUUUUUAUAUGCAUCCUGACACCUCGGGUCGGGUGAUUCGUAGGAUUAGGGACAUCACUAGAUGCAUUCAUAGAUCCCUCCCUUUCACCUAUCUUGGGUGCCCUAUUUAUGUGGAGAGGAAGAAGUGCGUUUAUUUUUCAUCUGUGGUGGACAAGGUUAUUCGGGACCUGGAACAGUAUUUUGCCGCCUUUUUCUGGAGGCAGUCGGGAGGUGCACGCUACAAUUGGGCUUCAUGGAAAACUCUCUCCCUACCUAAAAAAGAGGGUGGAGUGGGAUUCCUUGACCAUGACUUGAUGGUGUGGGCAUCUAGUGCGAAGCUUUGGAGGAAUUUCCGCAAGGUGUAUUCCCUGUGGGGAAGUUUCAUGACUGCUAAGUACUGCAGUCGAGUUCACCCGGUGGCGAAACAAGCGCGAACCUCCGAUUCACACACUUGGAAGCGAAUGCUCAGUGUCAGGAAUGAGGUAGAGGCAGUUUUAGGAUGGCGCCUGACUCACGGGGAUGUUAAUCUCUGGUGGGAUAAUUGGUCCGGCAUCGGCACACUAGGGCGCCUUUAUCCCUUCCCGGGGGUUGAGUACUUUGGUGAUCUAUUGUCUGACUUCAUUCAGGAUGGAGAGUUAGACCUAUCGGCGUAUGAUGACCUUCUGCCGCUUGGGUUGGAGGCUGACAUGUCCCGUCUAGGUCAAAGAGUAGCUGACAUCCCUAUUUGGCGGGUGGCUACGGACGGUUUGUUUUCUUUUUCCUCUGCAAAAUCUUUAUUCAGACCUGAACCGGUGCAGUCAGAUCCUCUUUUGAGUGCAUGUUGGUAUAAACAUUUGCCCUUUAAGGUGUCAUUUCUUUCUUGGCGUGUGUUAAGGGGUCGCUUGCCCACUGAUGAUGCCAUGGCUAGAUUUGGGCGCCUUAUUGUUUCCAGAUGCUGGUGCUGCAAUAAACCUGUUAGGGAAACUAUUGAUCACAUCUUUUAUGCGGGGGACACUGCUAGGGCUGUAUUGGGAUUUUUUAUGGGAUCACUCAACUUGCGAUUCAGUCAUCGAGGUCUACGGACGCUCUUGACUGGGUGGAAGCGGGUGGUUUCACAUAACCGUCUUGUUGCUUUUGUUAUUUGCAGAUUGCCUUAA